AUGUCAUGGGCACUGCAGGUGUGCGCUGCGGUGGGACGCACAGGCUGGUUCCGGGGAGAUGUCAGCAAGGCCCUGCAGCCUAGGGCACUGCCUGUUCCACAUUACCCAAGAGCAGGGCUGCUGGAUGCCACACGGCUCCCAGAGAGGGGCUGUGGUCAGGGAAGCCCCAGCUCCAAGGGGGGCCGGAAAACCCCAGAGCCAUCCACUGCAGCAGCAGUCUUUGGUGCUGCAGGGGCGCUGCUCAGCUUCGCGCUCCUGGCAGUCGCGGUCACCAGCGACUGCUGGUCCGUUCUGGAGGUGGUGGACGCCGGCAACCACAGCUCUGGGCCGGGGCGCGCAGAGCAGCUCUCCUCGCACUUGGGGCUCUGGCGCAUUUGCGAAGGGCAGAACAGCUGCAUACUCGCCAGCGAGAGCCUGGAUGCCUCCACCUCCACCUCGGUGCAGCACCUCAUCUCCCCCUCUCCCGCGGCCCUGCACCGCGCAGUCAUGGUGGUCCUGCCCCUGAUGCUCCUCGCAUGCGGCUGGAUCUGCGGACUGCUCAGCUCCCUGGCCCAGAGAGCGCCUCUGCCGCUCUUCACCUGCUGCUACUUCCUGUUGGGGAGUUCCCCGACCCUGGCAGGGGUCAGCAUCUACAUCAGGUAUGCAUACCUGGCCUUCACGGAGACUGCACAGCAGCACGGCCCGAAGCAUGUGCAGGGUGUUCACGUCAGCUUCAGCUGGUCCCUGGCCCUGGCCUGGGGCUCCUGUGCCUCGGAGGCCCUCAGCGGAGCCCUCCUGGUCUCAGCGCUGAGACCCCCACUCUGUGGUCAUCUGAGUCCCCAGCAGGUGGGAGAGAGGUGA